CACGCCAAAAAUUACUCAACAAUAUUUAAAAUUUAGUAAACCAACAACCUUCGCUGCGAGAACACACGACAUAAGCAUCAAACGUAAAUUACUGUGGUCUCUAAAUAAUUGAUAUCAAGUCAAGAUGAGCAUAAUUAUCGCGUUGUUGGCGAUCACCUUCACGCUGGUAUUUUACUUGUUGAAAUACCAGCAAUCAUAUUGGCAAAGGCGUGGCGUGCCGCACGAUCCACCCAGCCUACCGUUGGGCACACUGAAGGAGUGGCGUCGCACGAAGUCUAUGUGUGAAAUAUUCAAACCCAUCUAUAAGCAAUUUAAGGGCACUGGUCCAUUCUGUGGCGUGUACUUUUUCGUAAAACCAGUCGUUUUCGUGUUGGACCUGGAACUAACUAAGAAGAUACUUAUUAAAGACUUUCAGAAUUUUCAAGAUCGUGGCGUUUUUCACAACGAGACUGCAGAUCCACUCACUGGCAAUCUCUUCCAGUUGGAUGGACCACAGUGGCAAGUAUUGCGUAAAAAGCUGUCGCCCACAUUCACCUCGGGCAAAAUGAAAUUAAUGUUUCCCACUGUCGUGAAAGUGGCUCACGAGUUAAUUGAAGUUAUGCGCGAGAAAACUAAAAACGCACCCGACAAUGUUUUCGAGAUCACCGAACUGCAAUCACGCUACACUGCCGAUGUAAUUGGCUCAUGCGCUUUUGGUCUCGAGUGUAACAGUUUGCACAAUCCCGAUGCUGAGUUCGUGACAAUGGGACGCAAGGCGCUGAUCGAGCGCAGACAUGGCAAACUAGUCGACACGUUCAUAGAGAGUUAUCCAAGUUUGGCGCGUAAAUUGAAUUUAUGCUCGCUUACAAAAGAAGUGGAAGACUUCUAUGUCGGCAUAGUUCGUAAUACACUCGAAUAUAGAGAGAAGAAUCGGGUGAAACGUAAUGAUUUCAUGAAUAUUUUGUUGGAAUUGAAAAACAAGGAAGGCGCUACCGAUGGACUGUCAGUGGAGGAGAUUGCAGCGCAGGCUUUUGUAUUCCUCAUAGCUGGCUUCGAAACCUCCUCAACCACUAUGGGCUUCGCUCUGUAUGAAUUGGCCAAAAAUCAGGAAGUACAAGAUAGGUUGCGACAGGAGAUCAAUACGACGCUAAACGAGCACAACAACGAGUGCACCUAUGAGAACAUACAUCAGAUGAAAUAUCUGGAACAAGUUUUGUCAGAAACUUUACGUAAGUACCCCGUACUGCCGUUUUUGGAACGUUAUGCAAAGGCAGAUUAUGACACCGGCGAUCCACGCUAUCUCAUCGAGAAGAACAUGCGUGUAUUCAUAUUCAGCUAUGGCAUACAUUACGAUCCCGAGUACUAUCCCGAUCCAGAGAAAUUCGAUCCGGAACGUUUCACUGAGGAGGAAAUUCAGAAACGACCCGCCUGCACUUGGUUACCAUUCGGCGAUGGACCACGCAAUUGCAUCGGCUUGCGUUUCGGCAAAAUGCAGGCGCUAAUCGGUCUCGCAUUGCUGAUCAAGCAUUUCAAAUUCUCCUUUGCACCACAGACACCAACUGAAUUGACUUACAAAAAAGAGACAAUACUGCUAUCAGCGGAACAUGGCAUACACUUGCGGGUGGAGGCGUUGAAAGAGAGUUACUGGCGUCGGCGCGGCAUACCGCACAGCAAGCCUAUGCUCUUGAUGUCCAUGGGAACCAAGCAUGUAGUGCAGAUUUUACGCGAGUCAUAUCAGCAGUUCAAAGGCACGGGACCCUUUUGUGGGUUCUUUUUGCUAGCCACCAAUACAGCGCUAAUAGUGGACUUGGAGUUGGUUAAGAAGAUACUCGUUAAGGAUUUCAACUACUUUUCGGAUCGUGGUCUGUACACUAAUGCGCACAAUGAUCCGCUUUCGGGUAAUAUGUUCUUCGCCGAAGUUGAGGGUUGGAAGCGUUUACGUGCAAAACUGACGCCGACCUUCACCUCUGGCAAAAUGAAGAACAUGUUUCAUAUGGUUACGGCGGUCGGCGAGCGUUUUGCGGCAACAGUUCACACCCGAAUCGGUGGUGGCGAUGCUGAAGGUCACGGCAAAGUACUGCUUGUAUCAGACCUUAGUGGACGCUAUACCACCGAUACGAUCGGCACUUGCGCCUUCGGGCUCGAGUGCAAUAGUCUAGAUGCGGAGACACCAGAUUUCGUAUUGGUCACGAAUAGUUUUAUCAAUCGCCGGCGUCAUAACAAACUUGUCGAGGGCUUAAUCUUCAGUUUUCCGCGUAUUGCACGCUUUCUAGGUAUGCGCAUUAUGUCACAGCAUGUACACGACUUCUAUAUAAAGCUUGUGGAAGACACGCUCGAGUACCGCAAAGGCACGAAAUUGCGACGUAACGAUUUUCUUGACCUACUAAUCGAUAUGAUGGAACGUGAGGAUGCCGAUGGCAAACGUAUUGAAGGUUUGAGUGUGAACGAAAUAGCCGCACAGACUUUUUUGAUGUUUCUGGCGGGAUUUGAGACCUCAGCGACAACAAUGAGCUUUGCACUUUACUUACUGGCGCAGCAUCCCGACAUCCAAGAACGACUAAGGCGAGAUAUUAACGAGGUGCUCGCUGCCAACAAUGAACUGCUCACAUAUGAGUGUAUCAAGCAAAUGAGCUACCUGCAACAAGUAAUAUGUGAGACGCUUCGUAUGUAUCCGAUCGUGCCGAAUCUGAUGCGCAAGGCACAGUCGUAUUACGACACUGGCGACCCAAAGUAUUACAUUGAGAAGGGCACCUUGGUCAUUAUACCCACUAUAGCCAUACAUUAUGACCCACAGUAUUACCCGAAUCCCGAGCGCUUCGAGCCCGAGCGUUUCACUCCCGAAGAAGUUCAACGCCGACCUGCUUGUACUUGGCUGCCUUUCGGCGAGGGUCCACGCAAUUGUAUCGGCAUGCGUUUUGGCAGAAUGCAGACCAGCAUCGGGCUAAUUUAUUUGUUACUUCUAACGCGACCCUUCGUACGUACACAUCGCGCCGUAACACUUUGUGCACCUGUCGGCACGUUUCGCUCAGCUCAGAUAUACUGCACCUCAAUGUUGGGCUAUAGUUUCGUAAUAGCGCUCUACGCGCUCUUAGGGCUGUUCACAAUGUUUGUUGGUAUGAUUCGUUCGCGUAUGCUCUAUUGGCAGCGUCGCGGUGUAGCACACGACCAGCCGGCUUUUAUAUUGGGCAAUCUGCGAAGUCUUGCCAUCACGCGCCAACUCGGCGUGGCAUUACGUGAAACUUACGAUAAGUAUAAGCAUAGUGACGGUCCGUUUUGUGGCUUCUAUUUGCUGCUCAAUCCAGUAGCGCUAGUGACGGAUUUAGAUUUGGCACGCAAUAUACUCGUACGAGACUUUCAGAAGUUUGACGAUCGUGGUUUGUACCAUAAUAAACACGAUGAUGCAUUUUCCGAGAACCUGUGGAGUUUAGAGGGGGACGCGUGGCGCGCGUUGCGCAGAAAACUGUCGCCGAUUUUCACGACAGGUAAAACACAAUCCCUCAUACCGGUCGUCACCAAAGUUGGCGAGCAGUUAAAGCAAACAUUAGCGAAACAACAAAGCACCGAUGCUGAACUGAAGGUGCAAGACCUGGUUGAACGUUACACCACAGAUGUUAUUGCCAACAGCGUACUCGGUUUGGAUUGCAAUAGCCUUGAAAGCCCGGAUACCGAAUUUCGUAUGAUCAUACAAAGUUUCGCCUCAAAGCAACGCAACAGCUUAGCAGUUGCCUUAAUGCAGUGCUUACCAAAGCUAGCACAACGCUGUCACUUAACCCGGACAUUGAGAGAAGUACGAGAUUUCUAUUACCGCCUAGUCGGCGGUACAAUAUUACAACGCGAGGAGAAUAACAUAAAACGCAAUGAUCUAAUGAGCGCACUGAUCGAAUCGAAAAACAUUCAAGAAGGUGGACACAAGUUAACUACCGACGAGAUCAUUGCAAACUCCGCUUUGUUCUUCAGCGCUGGCUAUGAAACCUCAUCAGCAACUUUGACUUUUGCACUUUAUGAAUUGGCACUUAAUCAAAAGACUCAAACCAAAUUACGCAAAGAAAUUACAGAGACGCUAGAAAAGCAUGGCGGCAAACUUACCUCGGAAUCACUGAGCGAUAUGAGUUACCUAGAUAUGGUCAUUGCAGAAACUUUGCGCAAACAUCCGAUAAAUCCCUAUAUCGAACGCGUUGCGAAUGAGGACUACGAAACCGCAGUGGCAGGUUAUGUUAUAUAUGCUGGCACUAAGGUGCUCAUACCUGUUGAGGCCAUACACAAUGAUCCGGAGUUCUACCCUGAGCCUGAGAAAUUCAAACCAGAACGUUUUGAAACUGAAAAAAUGGGUCGUCGCCAUCCGACGGCUUGGUUACCUUUUGGCGAAGGGCCCCGUAACUGCAUUGGCAUGCGUUUGGGGCAGUUACUAAUCCGAAUUGGUCUCAUAUCCCUACUGAGUCAGUUUAAAUUUUCACCAUGUCCGCGCACUCACACUCCGUUGGAAUACGAUGACACAAGUCCACUCUUAAAGCCGCAAAGUGGAUUGUAUUUACACGCAGCGAGACUCAGUUAGCUGAAAGAUCGCGUGUUUAGACGAAAUAAGCUCGGCUUUUACUGAAGACUUGUGGAAAAAGACUUUUUAGAAAAUGUUUUCGAAUCCAUAAGCAUGUUAUAUCUUUCAUUCAGACAGUGAGUCAAAUGUUCCGGUUACAAAAAUAUGUACAUAGCAAGAAGUCUUAUGAAUUGUUGAGAUAUUUUAUAAGAAAUACACACUUGUUUAUUUAAAAAUUAAAAUCAAAUUAAGUAUA